AUGAAGACGCCGGAUGCGCAGUCUUUAGCUUCUGACUGCCUUCCUGCCGUCCAGGUUCCUGCCGGAGCCGACCUUUCGCCCCAGGGUUACCCGAUGGAUGAAAACACGGACCCUGCAUCGAUCCCAACGCCACCCGACGGGGAUGAUCCGGCCGGGCUAUCAUCGGAUGCUGUGGCUGUCUCAGCUUUGUCCCCAGAACUGAGUGAGGAGGGCCCGGCUUCUUUCUCCACUCUCUUGGAAAUAGAGUUUGGUACUCCUAGUGAGUUGAGUUAUCAGAUCGAGGAGCGAGAACCUGAAAAUACUACCAUCCCUGCAGAAGAAAUGAAUGGGCCAGAGUUGGGACCUGGAGUAGCCGUGGAAAGUGUGGCUGAAGAACCGGUUUUAGAGGGUGAAGGAAACACAACUUGGAACUACAGCUUUUCCCAGCUACCUCGAUUCCUCAGUGGCUCCUGGUCAGAGUUUAGUUCCCAACCAGAGAACUUCUUGAAAGGCUGCAAAUGGGCCCCAGAUGGUUCCUGCAUCUUGACUAAUAGUGCUGAUAACAUCUUACGUAUUUACAACCUGCCCUCAGAGCUGUACAGAGAGGAGGAGCAGGUGGAAUAUGCAGAAAUGGCCCCUGUCCUUCGAAUGGUGGAGGGUGACACCAUCUAUGAUUACUGCUGGUACUCUCUGAUGUCUUCAGCCCAGCCAGAUACCUCCUACGUGGCCAGCAGCAGCCGGGAAAAUCCGAUUCACAUCUGGGAUGCAUUUACUGGGGAGCUCCGGGCUUCCUUUCGAGCCUACAACCACCUGGAUGUACUGACAGCAGCCCAUUCGCUCUGCUUCUCCCUGGAUGGCUCACAGCUCUUCUGUGGCUUCAACCGGACCGUGCGUGUUUUCUGUACAGCCCGUCCUGGUCGUGACUGUGAGGUCCGGUCCACGUUUGCGAAGAAGCAGGGCCAGAGCGGCAUCAUCUCCUGCAUUGCCUUCAGCCCCACGCAGCCUCUCUACGCCUGUGGCUCCUAUGGCUGCUCCCUAGGUCUCUAUGCCUGGGAUGAUGGCUCCCCUCUCGCCUUGCUCAGAGGCCACCGUGCGGGCAUCACUCACCUCUGCUUUCACCCUGAUGGCAACCAUCUCUUCUCAGGAGCCAGAAAGGAUGCUGAGCUCCUGUGCUGGGAUCUCCGGCAAUCUGGUCAUCCACUGUGGACCCUGAGUCGGGAGGUGGCCACCAAUCAGCGCAUUUACUUCGAUCUGGACCAAACUGGCCAGUUCCUCGUGAGUGGCAGCACUGGGGGAGCCGUCUCCGUGUGGGACCUGAGCGGGGCUGCUGAGGCCAGUGGGAAGCCCGAGCUGGUGCUGAGCUUCCUGCCCCAGAAGGACUGCACCAAUGGAGUGAGCCUGCACCCCAGCCUGCCGCUGCUGGCCACUGCCUCUGGUCAGCGUGUGUUCCCGGAGCCCACCGACAGUGAGGAUGAAGAGGGCCAGGAGCCAGGCCUUCUUCCCCUGCUCACCAUGCGCCACGCCCACCUUGAAUGUCAGCUUCAGCUUUGGUGGUGUGGUGGGGACCCAGACCCCAACAUCCCUGAGGAUCACCAGGGCUAG